AGCCAGCCAAUCAGAUGGCCCCGGCAUAAAAUCAGCGCGUGCUCUUGCAGUCGCGCGCGGGGAGAAAAGCGUUUGAUGUCUGACGGUUUAAAUUCGGACGGUUGGGUCCGUUUAAUUCUUUUUUUUCUUUUCCUGUCAGUCAGCGGCUUCUGAGGAGAGCAGCACGGCUAGGCACGGCGAGACCAAGCCCACUCCCCGCCGCUGUCUCGUUCUGCCCUGCCGCCUCUCCUCCCUUUCUCCGGCGGAAAUCUGGCUGCACCUGGACUGCUCUCCUCCAUCGUCAGACAUCGACAGAGGACAGAGAGGCCCAGUGAGGUGAGAGACAGCACUCCUGCUGGUUUAGAGAGAAAGCAACCCUUUGGCAGGCUGGCACAACUCCCCGCCCUCCCGCCUCCAUGUAUCCCGAAUCUACCACAGACUCUCCCGCUCGCCUUUCACUACGACAGACCGGCUCUCCGGGCAUGAUCUACAGCGCACGCUAUGGGAGCCCCAAGAGACAGCUGCAGUUCUACAGAAACCUGGGGAAGUCUGGUUUGAGGGUGUCAUGUCUUGGGUUAGGAACAUGGGUGACCUUCGGUGGUCAGAUCACAGAUGAGAUGGCCGAGCAGCUGAUGACUCUGGCUUAUGAGAACGGGAUCAAUCUGUUCGAUACGGCUGAGGUCUACGCUGCAGGAAAGGCUGAGGUGGUGCUGGGUAACAUAAUAAAGAAGAAAGGAUGGAGGCGCUCCAGUUUAGUGAUCACCACGAAAAUAUUUUGGGGCGGAAAGGCAGAGACUGAAAGAGGACUUUCCAGGAAGCACAUAAUAGAAGGUUUAAAAGCUUCACUGGAGAGAUUGCAGUUAGACUACGUGGACGUGGUGUUCGCAAACAGACCUGACCCCAACACACCCAUGGAAGAGACGGUGCGAGCGAUGACCCACGUGAUCAACCAAGGAAUGGCGAUGUACUGGGGCACAUCCCGCUGGAGUCCCAUGGAGAUCAUGGAAGCGUACUCGGUGGCGCGCCAGUUUAACCAGAUCCCCCCCAUCUGCGAGCAGGCCGAGUAUCACAUGUUCCAGAGAGAGAAGGUCGAAGUGCAGCUGCCAGAGCUCUUUCAUAAGAUCGGUGUAGGGGCAAUGACAUGGUCCCCACUGGCCUGUGGGAUCAUCUCAGGGAAAUACGACAGCGGCGUUCCUCCGUACUCUCGCGCCUCUCUCAAGGGCUACCAGUGGUUGAAGGACAAGAUCUUGAGCGAGGAGGGCCGGCGUCAGCAGACGAAGCUGAAAGAGCUGCAGGCCAUCGCCGAGCGGCUGGGGUGCACGCUGCCACAGCUCGCCAUCGCGUGGUGCCUAAGGAAUGAAGGAGUCAGCUCUGUGCUUUUAGGAGCCUCCAACACGGAACAGCUCAUGGAGAAUAUAGGAGCGAUACAGGUCCUUCCGAAGUUGUCGUCCUCCAUCGUGCACGAGGUGGACAGCAUCCUGGGGAACAAGCCCUACAGUAAAAAGGACUACCGCUCGUAGUGCGCGUGCGUGAUCACGUGCGUGCGUGCGUGUGUGUGUGUGUGUGUGUGUGAGUGCGGAGCCCAGGGGCCGCCCUGCACCGAGCCCUUUGCCUGUUCCUCCGUUUGUCAGCUUGAGCUUUUACCGAAUGAUUAAGCAGCGCAUGAGACCGACAGGUUACACACUCCGACCCUGCAAGAGAAGCCUCGUAGACAAGUACAAACUUCACACCUGGGGUUUAAAAUGAUUUGGGGUUUUUUUUAUUUUUUAUUUUAAGAUAUUUUGAGAAAAGAGAAGGUACCAUUUUAUUACAAUUUAACAGAAAGACGAAGUUAGGAAGAAAAAAAAAUAAAGAAUGGUAAGAAAGGGGACAAAAGAAAUGGCACCCGCUCGCUUGGCUGUAGGGAAUAUUUGUUGGUUUUUUUUUGGAUUUGUUUUUUUUUUUUUUUUUUAUACUUCAAUGCAUAUUUGACCAAAAAAGUGUGUGUGUAAAAAAUAAAUACAGCUCUUAAGUUCA